AUGUCGCGCGGAUCCCCACCCAGCGCUCAGGGGCAAUCGCCAGAUGCCAUCCAAGAUCGAUAUGCUCCCGAUCCUUAUCUGUCAGCCGCAUCCGAUCCAGAGGAAAUCUUCUUUCGGGCCAGUGCCAUUCGACUAACGCCAUCGCGGGGGAGUCCUGGGCAAAGUGCGGGACCUGGCUCAUCCCCUCACGAGGACGCACAGAUCGACUCCACAAUUCAGGGCUAUCUGGACCCGAGAGCAAAUGAUUAUACCGACCCAAGCAAUUGUACCUCCCCUAUUUCUGAUACAAGUGUCUUCGUGGAACCAAAAGAUAUCGAACUGGGUGCUUCAACCUGGCAGGAGGACGACCUGCCGUCGUACAGGAUUGAGGAGGCCAAUGUGCCCGUCGACCCGGCAUGGGGUUCAUCUAUGGCACCGAAUGCUUUUCAGUGGACUAGUUCGGACCAUAAUCCGAAUUCAAAUCCAUCAUCCACGCCGGUAGCUCUAGAACAUCAUGGCAAUUCUAGCAUGCAGCAACCGAUAUCCACCUCAUAUCAGUCUGGCCUCGGUGUCUCUAACACAGACACCGAGCCUGCCAGACUUGGUGUCUUACCCAGCGAGGAGUUUCCCACUGGGCUAGCGUCAAAUGCAAACAGGGGAAGAAGCCCCGUCUUCAAGAUUACAACCUUCUCGAGAGGCGAUUCGCCCAAGGAACGCAGCAUGUCACCGCAAAGACGUCUCAGCUCCUUUACACACCUAUCUGCGAAUCCAAGCGAGCUGGAAGACGAAGGCGAUGACGAUCAUCACUCGGUCUCGUCUGCUCCCGUCAAGCGAUCCAAGGACGGCGGAUGGAUUCCAAACCCAUCGACCCACCUAGCUGGUAUUGAUCCAAGCUCCCGUGGAGACGAACUCGUGUCAAGUCCCAAUGACAUCUAUGUUCAGCGAGAAAGGAACGAGAAAAAUGAGGAUAUUUCCCACUGGUCUGUCUCUGUGAGUGUUGCGAACAGUGACGCUGACGGGGACUCGCCUAGUCCACCGCGUCCACGCCCACGUCAUGUUUCCAGAAGACUUCGAGCGAGGAGUACCGGUGACCACCCUUUGAGACAAGAAGACUAUUUCAAUAUAAAAUCUCGUACCGGAGACGGGUCAUUCCCAGGCCCCGGGAUAUUAGUUCAUGAAAGCAGCGAAGACCUCAGCGAAGAUCAAGCAAGCAUUGGCACUUACUCCGACGAACCGUCAGCCGACGCCGAUGAGCCUGGCAGAUAUGAUCGGAGUACCCCUGAGGUCUAUUCAUCACUCUCACCGACCAAGGCUGAGGAAAGUAUCUGUCUUUACCCCUGGCAUGACCCCCCUCGCGAUCCCACACCCAGAUCACAAGCGAUGCAGCCGGACAGUUCUACCGACGCUAUGAUAGCUUUUAACAGACGUGUACGGGAUCUCGAAACGGCAUCGCUCGCGGCAACAAUUGAUAAUAAUAGUAUUAUCAAUGUUACAACGUCUCUCUCAAAUUUUUCCUUUGCCGAACAACCGAAGAAACGCCACAGUCUAUUUAAGCGUCAAUUUCUACAGGCGUCGUCAAAGUUAAAGCGCCAAGCAUCUGACCUUUCCAUCGGUCAAUCUAAUAGCUACCCCGGGCUUCCGCAGCGUGAUGCAGAAGACUCACCGGUAAAGCCGAGUUACUCACCACGAAAUGUGUUCUUGCCCCGUCGUCAUUCGCGAUCACCAAGCUUGAGUAAUGCAAUUCUUUCAAUGACCAGCCAAAUGGCCGCUGUCGGGGGUAGCCAGCCUGUCCGAGCAGUGUCACCUGCACCCUCACCAAAUCCAGAGAGGAGUUCCUUAAACAUUCAAUUCAAGGGCCGAGUUCGAAGCAGAAGCGAGAUUCCCCGACCAAGUAACCCCGGGCUGAUAAAUCUUAUGACUACCCAUGGCGGUCCACCAGUUCCAAGCAUCACCUCGCCUCGAAUUAGUUCGGACGCCGAUCAAUCACCCAGAAGUUCGCCUCUAGGUCCUGAAACGGGAAGCGCUGAAGAUGAGAACGAUAUUAACACGGGCAAUAAGAAAGGCGUCGUCAUGGAUUUUCCUGCUAUCCAGAGUCUCCCAGUGCCAACAAUCGAAGGGUUCAGAUCGCAGAUUAUGCAGUUGAAUCCAAGGCUUGAGCCAGCUUUGAUUCACCGCCUAGCACAUGAGCAGAACCGUCGAUACAAGAUCUUGGUUGGUUUGCAACAGAAGCAUUCUAUUGCAACUGCCAAUCACACAUGUAAAUCUGGCAACUAUUGUACUGUUCAGGGUGGGCAACCAACUCUGUUGCAGGAUCUCAAGGCCCAAACCGAUCCCGAGGCAGGACAGACACAGUUCCAAGUGACAAAUUUCAGUUACGGACACGAAGAGCAAUAUACAUCAGGCGAAGGUACGGGAGCCGCGCCACAGUUCCCUCCUGGUGUUCCCCCUCCGCCAGUCAGUCGUCUUCCUGCGCGCUUUGAGUGCCCCAUUUGCUUCGAAGUAAAAACCUUCCAAAAACCUUCCGACUGGUCCAAGCACGUUCAAGAAGAUGUGCAGCCGUUUACUUGCACAUUCCCCGACUGCACCGAGCCUAAGUCAUUCAAGCGCAAGGCAGAUUGGGUUCGCCAUGAAAAUGAGAAGCACCGGCAUCUGGAGUGGUGGACCUGUGCAUUCCCCGAGUGCAACCACAAAUGCUACCGUAAGGACAACUUCGUUCAGCAUUUGGUCCGGGAACAUAAAAUGCCAGAGCCCAAGAUCAAAAAGACGGGUAAAGCCUCCAGCACUGUGGAGCCCGAGGCUGUGCCGAAUAGCCGAAGAGAGCAGGAGCUUGAGCAAUUAUGGCAAAUGGUCGAAGAAUGUCAGCAUGACACCACCCAAGCCCCCCAGGAAGAGCCAUGCCGCUUCUGCGGGAAUGUCUGUAAUGAGUGGAGAAAGUUGUCAGUCCACCUCGGCAAACACCUGGAGCAACUAGCCCUGCCCGUUUUGCGAUUAGCGAAGCCGAGCAGCACUGCAACCCAUGUCGCCAACCCCAGUAAAGUGGAGCCGACUCGCGGAUCAUCGGCAACCUAUCCCUUUGUCACCCCAUAUCACCAUGGACACGAAGUACCUGAAACGGCCUCCACCCAUCUGCAGCCGCAGUAUGCGAUCCGAAACACUAGCACUCCCGUCAACCCUACUUUCUCAAUCAACAACGGUCCGCUAACAGAUUACUCCACCAUAUCCGGCGGCGAACUUUCACAGGAGCCCGAGUCCAUCACAGACUCUCUUGUCCCUGAUCAGUUCCCAGCCUACACACACUCGACAGGCCAAUUUGCCCAAACGACGCUUCACCCAGCUCAGGCCCAGGCUUAUCCCCUGCAUCAGAACUCAGUAACGUACCCACCGCCUUAUAACGCCGUUCCGAGAUCGAGAUCUCCAGAGGCAGAUCCCAUGCUGCAGAACUCGUAUCCUCUCACCCAGUUUCUGCCUCAUCCCUCUCUGUACCCGGUAGACGGGAAUUACCCGGCUUACCAACCCAUGGAGUCUAACAUCCCCUACACUUCUGCGACCUACUCUUCUGGAUGUCCCUCCCAAAUGUGA